AUGGAUUAAUAAACAUAGCCUGUGUAAAUUUCUUUUGGUGAAUAAAAUUGCAAAUGCAUUUCAAACAUAGUAUUAAAUAAAAGACAUGUAUUUGCUGUUGGAACUUGGAAUGCAAAGAAAAAUAAUGAAGUAACAAUUAAUUAUUAAUCUUUUUUUUUACAGAUUUAUGUGAAUGAAUAUUUGGAAUUAGAAUAAAAGCUAAUUUAAUUAUACAGAAUUCCUAUAAAUGGAAUGAUUGAGAAAAUUAUAGCAAAAAAAGAAUAAUUAUAUGUUAUCUACAUAGAUCGUAAAAAUUAAUUUUAAGAUUUAGCGUAAUAAAGAAAGACAAAACUUUGUUGUAUAGAAUUAGCUGAAAAUGGUCGAUAUUAAGUGAAUUUCGAUUUAUUAUAUGAAGGAUUAACUAAGUAUUACAUUUUGUAUUAAGUAUUAGUGUAAUUUGUCCAGAAGAUGAUCCAAUUAUUUAUUUGAGUUCAAAUAAAUCAAUUAUUCAAUUUGAUUUGAAUAAAUAAUCUUUUGAUAAUAUAAUUGAUGAUGAUGAUCUAUUUAAUUUAUGUGAAUAGGAUCCACAUCAUAAGAAUUUAUUUGUCAGAUCCUAAAAUAAUUAUCUAUGCAUAUAAGAUACUAGAGAAAAAAAGUAAUUUAUAUCAUUAACAUUAGAGUAACCAAAUUCAAAGCUCAUAGUUUAUAAAUAUUAGAUUUAGAUUUUAAUCCUAAUAAAUAAUAUUAUCUAAUUACAGGAGGUGAAGAUUGUUUGGCUAAAGUUUGGGAUAUUCGUAAAACACAAUAUGCAAUUAAAUCAUUUGAAGACUUACAGAAUUCUGUUUUGUAGGCUAAAUUUAAUAAAUUUCAUGAUUAAUUAGUUUCACUAUCAUGUAAAUUAUUUAUAUAUAGAUAGUUGAUGAUGGAACUAUUUCAUUAUAUAAUAUAACAUCUGUUUCUUCAGUGCCUUAAUUGAAUAAGGAAGAUGAUUAUUUGGUUAAACAAUAUGAUGAACAUGAAGAUUCAAUCUAUGGAUUAACUUGGUCUAGAGGAACUGCAUGGGUUUUAGCAUCUAUUGGAUAUAGUGGUCAUAUGAUAAUAAAUACAGUUCCAACAAAUGAGAAAUAUAAAAUAUUAUUGUGAAAUUAUAUUUUACAUAUUUAUGAUGAGG